AUGACGGUGAUUGUACAAGCCAACGUUGAGGCUAUCGCUGCUUUAACAAGUAAUACCGAUGAAGCGAACUCUCAUCUUGCUAAGCAUACGGAGUUGAUGCAGCAAAUCUUUGUAGCUCUCCAACAGCCAGUUCUAGUACCUAAACCUUCGUUCACUGCUCAAAACUGGGACCAGCUCAAUCAGACGUGUGAGGCAGAUGUUCUCCUCCCCCGCGCUAUAAUUAGAGUUGAAGAGAUGAUGGGGGAGACAGAAUCCAAAGUUGCUCCUUCGAAUGCUGUUGCUGCCACUAGACCUUCUGUUGUUCCAGCAACAAAAGCUGAAGCUGAAGCUGAAGUUGCUGAUGAAAACCCAACUUCUUGUCAAGCUUCUGUAGCUGAAGAUGUUGAUGUCAUCCGAGCUGGCGCUGAAGCUCGUGACGAUGAUCUUCCAAUUACCUCUACGGCCAAUGAUGGUGAUAUGGAAGAUGAUGAUGAAGAAGACGGUGAAUCUCUCGACCUUCCUGAUGCUGGUGAAGACCUAGAUGAUGAUGAUGAUGAUGAUGACGACAAUGAUGACGAGUUCACCAUUCAGUAG